UAAUACAUUCUUCUAUAUCGUAUGAUCCAAAGAAGUCCAUUCGUCAGAUUCUUGUAAAUCAACAACUUACGUUGGAAAAUAUUUUAUACUAUAAUUUACUGAUGGAUUUCGAUGAAUACAGAAAAAGAGGGAAAUUCAUGGUUGAUUAUAUUGCUGAGUAUCUUGAAACAAUUAGAGAACGUCAAGUUUACCCUAACGUACAGCCUGGUUAUUUAAGAAACCUUACACCAGAUAGUGCACCAGUCGAACCUGAAUGUUGGGAUCAAAUAAUGGAAGAUGUUGAGAACGUUAUUAUGCCCGGUAUCACACAUUGGCAGUCACCACACAUGCACGCCUACUUCCCAGCUUUAAAUUCGUUUCCUUCACUCUUAGGAGAUAUGCUUGCAGAUGCUAUAAACUGUUUAGGCUUUACAUGGGCUAGCAGCCCGGCUUGUACAGAAUUAGAAAUUGUAGUGAUGAAUUGGCUGGGUAAAAUGAUUGGUUUGCCGGAUGCAUUUUUGCAUCUUCACAACGAGAGUAAAGGUGGUGGCGUUAUCCAGACAACGUCUAGUGAAGCAACUUUUGUUUGUUUACUGGCAGCCAGAACACAAGCUAUACGCCGUAUACAAGAACUAGACCCUCAAUUAGAGGACGCCGUGAUUAAUAGUAGACUAGUGGCUUAUUGUUCAGACCAAGCACAUUCGUCUGUUGAAAAAGCUGGUCUCAUUGGAUUGGUAAAAAUGCGUUUCGUUGAAAGUGAUGACUCUCUAUCCUUAAGAGGCGAUCAGUUACAAGAUGCUAUAGCGGCCGACAAAAAACAAAAAUUAAUACCAUUUUUCGUUUGCGCAACUUUAGGUACAACUGGUGCUUGUGCAUUUGAUAACUUAGAAGAAUUGGGGCCCAUAUGUCAAGCCGAAGGCAUGUGGUUUCACAUUGACGCAGCUUAUGCUGGAACUGCUUUCAUAUGUCCAGAAUUUCGCCAUUGGUUAUCCGGCGUUACGUAUGCUGAUUCAAUAGCUUUUAAUCCCAGUAAAUGGAUGAUGGUCCACUUUGACUGUACAGCAAUGUGGGUGAAAAACAGCGAACAUCUUCACCGUACGUUCAAUGUUGACCCAUUAUAUUUACAACAUGAAAAUUCAGGUCUUGCUAUUGACUACAUGCAUUGGCAAAUACCAUUAAGCAAGCGAUUCAGAGCAUUGAAACUAUGGUUUGUAAUUCGUAGUUAUGGAAUAAAAGGACUUCAAAAACAUAUUCGUAAUGGAGUACAUUUAGCAAAAAAAUUUGAACUGAUGAUUGUUAAUGACUCCCGAUUUGAGAUACCAGCAGCCAGACAUUUAGGUUUAGUCGUUUUUCGGUUGCGUGGUGAAAAUCAUUUAACCGAAAGAUUGUUAAAACGUCUUAAUUCCAGAGGUCGAAUACACUGCGUACCAGCGUCUUUAAAAGGAAAGUAUGUAAUCCGCUUCACAGUGACUUCGCAGUACACCACUAUCUUAGACAUUACAAAAGACUGGUCUGAGAUUAAAGAGACAGCGACUGAAAUCAUUGAUGAACACAAUUCAAAUAAUAACGAUUUAUCUUAUAAUAAAACAAAAGUUUCUUUAGCUGAAAUACGUAAGUGGAAUAACAACUUUGGUGCUAGUUUAUUGCUAGCUAAUUCGCCCAUGUCUCCAAAAGUCGUUAAUGGCAGUUUUGCAGCUUUAUUUGAUGAUGGAGACGAUUGGUCAAGAAAACUUUUAAGAAGUGAAUUAAAGGAUAGUUCUUGUAAAUACACUACAAUAAGGAGAAGAAUUAGGGGCAUUCUCAUGUCUGGAAAACAGUUUUCUCUGGAUUCUCGAAUGGAUCUCGUUCAAGGAAUGGCUCCAACAUCAUCCAAAAAAUCAAAAGAUGUCAUACUAGAAUCUUCGGAAGACACUUUAGAUAUGUCAAACAAUAAAAAUGAAGAGAAUGGACUCCAAGAAAAAUGUGAUAAAUGUUCUGUAAUAAAAUCUAAUUUAUUAUGUCACGCACAACUUGAAUCAAAUCUCAGUCCUCUCAUAGAAACUGACAACAAUACUGAUUUAAUUAAAACUGUAUAAAUUAUUCAAUAAAUUCAACAAAACAGCAUUAGGAUAAAACAGCAUACAUAUUACCGAGUCUUGUCUAUAUAUUUUAUAGGAGAAUAAUAAUGGUGAACAGAAUAUGAAUCAUUCUACAGAAAUUAGUUCAAUAAUUUAAAUAAUAAAUUGUAGUUACUUAAUAAUCACUAUUUUAACAUGUUACAACUUAAUCAGUUAGAUAAAUUUCUUCAAAAUAAUGUUUUGAGCAUAAAUAAAAAUAACUCAAUAUGGUCAUGAUAAUUUUUUGACCAUGAACCGCACCCCAUUUAGAAAUACCAACUAAACCCUUAAUUUUGUACUAUAUUUGUCAUUCCUAUAGCAUAUUUUUAAAUGUAAAGACAUUUAGAAACAAACAAAAUAUACUUAUCAAAUUAAAUUUAUUUAUUUUGAAUGCAAUUUAAACUAGAGUUUUAUAAUAAGACUUUUUCUUUUUUUUGUUAAACAUUUAUUAACUAUACCAAAAUGCAUAGCAUAAUACUUGCAUCACUCACAAUGUUUAUGUUGUAAUUCAUUAUAUUUAGACAUUAUUUAUUUUUAAUUUACACAUAUUUAACUGUUUUUAAUCACAUUAUUAUACUCUACUUUACUUUAUAACCUAAAUUUUUUUUUGUUAAGCCAUAAAAGGUUUAAACAAUAUAUCUCAUAAUUUUAUUACACUUACCUCCUACAGCUAAAUAAUCAUCAAAUCCAUAAACUGAAGGAUUUUGUGCUAUAACCAGACACAAACAAAAAAAUUUGACAAAAUGUCCAAUUUGUUUUAAUUAUAAGUAGCAAAUAACAUUUAAUUUUUUUAUAUAUACAUCUUU